AUGACCGUAACUAGCGAACUCACCCACCGUGGCCAGCCUCACAGCUCGCUUACUCUGGAGGAUCGGUUCGAGGUUCUCAAGGAAAUCGGUGAUGGCUCUUUUGGCAGUGUCGUUCUCGCCAGAGUCCGUACCGCUGGUGCCAAUGUCGCCCGACGCGGCUCUGUUGUCGCUAUCAAGUCCAUGAAAAAGACAUUCGACUCGCUACAGCCAUGUCUCGAGCUCCGCGAAGUCGUCUUCCUCCGAACCAUCCCUCCUCACCCGCACCUGGUCCCCGCGCUUGACAUUUUUCUCGACCCGUACAGCAAGAAGCUGCACAUUUGUAUGGAAUACAUGGAAGGCAAUUUGUACCAGCUCAUGAAGGCCCGCGACCACAAGUGCCUCGACAAUACCAGCGUCAAGAGCAUCCUACUGCAGAUUAUGCACGGUCUCGAGCACAUCCACGCCCAUCAGUUCUUCCACCGGGAUAUCAAGCCAGAAAACAUCCUCGUCUCUACCUCAUCACAUCAAGAGUCGUCAAACUCCUUCCGACGCUAUUCCGCUCUCGUCACGCCGCCUUCAACGCCGCCGCAAUACACGGUUAAACUCGCAGAUUUUGGCCUCGCUCGUGAGACCCAUUCUAAGCUGCCAUACACGACUUACGUUUCCACAAGAUGGUACCGCGCCCCUGAAGUUCUUCUUCGAGCUGGCGAGUACUCUGCUCCUGUCGAUAUCUGGGCCGUCGGCGCCAUGGCCGUCGAGAUUGCUACCCUGAAGCCGCUUUUCCCUGGAGGAAACGAAGUGGACCAGGUCUGGCGAGUCUGCGAAAUUAUGGGCAGCCCUGGUAACUGGCAUAACAAGUCUGGGCAACGCGUUGGCGGUGGCGAUUGGAGAGAAGGCAACAGACUUGCUAGCAAGCUUGGCUUCUCCUUCCCCAAGAUGGCGCCUCAUGCCAUCGACACGAUUCUGCAAGCUCCUCAAUGGCCUGCGUCUCUUGCACACUUCGUCACCUGGUGUCUGAUGUGGGAUCCCAAGGCUCGCCCCACAUCUACACAAGCGUUGGCACAUGAAUACUUUGCCGACGGUGUCGACCCUCUUCGCCCCAGAUCUGCCGCUUCUAAGAUCCUCGGCCGCAAGCAGUCUGACCUUGGUCGUCCAGCCAAGGAGUCAUCCUCGGGAACUACCUCGUCUAGGUCGUCAUGGUUCCGCAAGUCACUCAUUGGCCGAAGCGAAGCUCCCGAGACUGUGGCUGCGAGGGAGCUUGGCCCGCGCCCGGCUGUUGUACAUGCUGCUUCUGCCAACGACCUGAAGUCGCGAACAACCAAGCGCAGUACAUGGACCAACGGUCUGAGCACCGUCGCUCCCAUGCCCAUCCUUCCCAGCAUUCGACCCAUAUCACCACUCUCAGAUGCAGUCACGGCUCGCGGCAACAAUGGACCAGCUGAUGCCCCGCCACCGGUUGGCAUCUCCCAGGAAAAGAAGAAGCUCGGCAGACAACUUUCUGUCGCUUCCAGCACCAACAACUACAAUACCGAAAUGCACCGCCAGCAGGCUGAGCGUGCGCUGAACGGCCAGUCUGGACUUGCCUCGCCCCCUAGUGGCCAAAAGGAAAGCUUCUUUUCGCACCUCCGCAAACGCGCACGACGAUUCUCCGGUCGCCACCAACCCCCUGUCUCGCCUGCUUUUGAAGAGAUGGAGGCACAAGUCGGCUGUGGUCCCUGGAACAGCAACAGGUCAUCCUUGGUUGUGGAUCAGUCCGGAGCCCCGAAACCAGAAGUAUACGAAUCUCUUGAUCGUGCUCUCCAACAUCCACAGAACGGUGCUGCCCCGGUUCCUCCUAUGCACCAGGCUUCGUCGGCAAGCAAACUCAAGCGACACCACUCGCUUCCCCAACAGCAGCCUCGUUCCGUCGAUAACCUCAUCGGCGCCGCACGAGGUGGCCCAAUCUCAAGCCGCACACGCCGCUCACAGGCAACCCACGGUGUGCACCAGUACGAGGCACCCGCUGAAGAGGACGAGCUGCUGGACGAAGUCCUCAACUCUACUCAACAUGCCAUGAACCGCCUGGAUGGAACCAACCGCAAACCCCUCCGUCAGUCGAUCAGCAACAUCGGCCUUACUUCUCAGCCGUACCCUAGCCCGUCACCAUCGGCCAACGGCAGUCAGAUCCUGUUCGCUGACGGCACUGACGCCAUGACCCCGCGGCCUCUGGACCUUGGCAAGAAGCACAACAGCCAGUACAAGUGGCCCACGCCCCCGUACGAGGGUGGCGAGUGGAAUUCUUCAAGCUCCAACAACCUUUGGGCUGCCGGCCACCGAGUUUGA